AUGAGCACAUGCAUCCAGAUUGUGGAGGGCGUCGUGCCGGGCAUUAAUCGUCUAGCCCUCAAAGGCCACAUGGAGCAGUUUGGCCAGGUGGAUCUGGUUCACAUGGGAAACCGGCAAAACCCUGAAGAGGAGCCCCCCAAGGUUCGCUUCUCCACGCCUGAAGCUGCACAGAGGGCGCUGGAAGCCAUAAAUGGGGGACAAGUUGUGAUAGAUGGAAUGCUGCUCAAGGCUCAGUACAUGCAGGGCAAGGGCAGGGGUCGUGGAGCACCCCCCACUGCUACAGAGCGAAACUUGGAAGUCACCAGCCGUGACCUUUUCCUGGAGCGUGAGCGUGCAAGAAAUAGGGCUGGUGGAGGCGGUGGAGGCGGCGGCAAAGAACGAAGCCGCAGCCGGGAUCGCAGCCGUGACCGCCGUCGAAGGCGGAGAAGCAGCGACAGCAGCAGGUCCAAGCGGCGCCGACGCAGCGCAAGCAAAAGUCGUGGCAGGAGAAGAUGA